GACUUAGACGAGGAGUACAGAGAUCAAACCCUGCGUGGAAGGCAGAAAUAUCUCCUGAAUGAGGUCAAAUGUUUGGAGACAACAUUGGCAAAACGUCGUGCAGAAUUAAGACAAUCUGACAGACUUUUAGCAGAGUGUCAAAGUGACUUGGCAGCUGCUAGGAAUGAGGCAAUGGUUACAGUACAGAAAUAUGACACUGCGAAGGCUGAGCUUGGGACCACAAUGCAAGAAGUUACUGAAAUAGACAGAAGAGCAGACGUUGCUGGUAAAGAACUGAUUGAGCUAACAGAGAAGGUGAAGAGUCUACAAGAAGAGGUGGAAUUCCUUGAGACA